CCCCGCCCACAAGGCGCCGCUCGUCGGUUCGUUAUUGGAACCUGGGGAGGACAGAAGCGGCGCAGCGGGCGCGCCUGUAGGCAGGGGCCGCUUUAUUUUAUCUCCCCUCCGCGGCCCGCCAUGGACUCGUUCAACCAAGAUCCGCCCUUGUUAGAGCAGCGAAGCAGUUAUGGUAGUAUGAAACCUCGCCUGACCCAUAGCAGAGAGCUAGAAAUAAAAACUACUCUUCAAGAACUAUUGAUCUACAUCAUUUUUCUAACAGAUCUAUGUAUAUUGUCAUUUGGAAUGGUGAGCCCAGAUAUGUAUUACCUGAACAAAGUUAUGUCAAGUCUCUUUCUGGAAACUCCAUUGUCAGAAAGAGAUCAAACUACCUUCAAAACCAUAAGCAGCAUUGAACACUUUUGGAAGUAUGUAGAAGGACCACUUCUGGAUGGACUUUAUUGGAAAAAAUGGUAUACUGAAAAUUCCACAUCAGUCCAUGAAAAUAGCAGCCACAUCUACUAUGAGAACUUACUGUUAGGAGUAGCUCAAAUCCGGCAGCUUAAGAUCCAUAACAGCACAUGUUCUGUCUAUCCUGCUUUCCGGUCAUUCAUGAAAGCAUGCUAUGGUAGAUACAGCUCUGUAAAUGAGGAUAAAGAAAGCUUUGGCUUUAGGAAUGACACCAUGUGGAACUACACCCCUUCGAACGCACUAAUCCCAGGGCAUUGGGGUCUCAUUGAUAUAUACAGUAGUGGAGGAUUUCGUUUUACUUUGAGCAAAUCAAAGGAGAUAAGCGAGCAGAAGCUCGCCUUUCUCAGGGAACAUAGCUGGAUCACCAGAGGGACGAGAGUAGUCUUCAUUGAUUUUUCAGCAUAUAAUGCCAAUGUGAAUCUCUUUUGCGUAGUCAGGCUAGUUGUGGAAUUUCCUGCAACAGGUGGCGCGCUUCCUUCAUGGCAGUUCAACUCCGUAAAGCUUCUCAGAUACGUCACCUAUUAUGAUUAUUUCCUGGGCUCUUGUGAAGUUAUCUUCUGCCUCUUCAUCUUCUCUUUCAUUGUCCAGGAAUGUAUAAACAUCCGCAAAAUGAAAUUUGAAUACUUUAGAAAUGCCUGGAACUGGCUAGAUAUGCUGUUGCUCUUGUUGUCUGUUAUUGCUAUUGCCUUCAACGUUUACCGAACUAUUGAAGUGUCCAGAUUGAUGGAAAAUCUUCUCUCCAAUUCAUUUGUCUAUCCAGACUUUCAUUUCCUCACAUUCUGGCAGACCCGUUACAAUAAUAUGAUUUCAGUGAAUGUCUUCUUUGCAUGGAUAAAGAUAUUUAAAUACAUCAGCUUUAACAAGACCAUGACUCAGUUAUCUUCCACUUUGUCCCGCUGUGCUAAAGACAUAAUUGGAUUUGCCAUCAUGUUCUUUAUAAUCUUCUUUGCAUAUGCGCAACUCGGCUACCUGGUCUUCGGUUCACAAGUGGAUGAGUUUUCCACUUUCCAGAACUGCAUUUUUACCCAGUUCCGCAUUGUGCUUGGAGAUUUUAAUUUUGCCAGUAUAGAGCAUGCAAACCGAAUUCUUGGGCCAAUUUACUUCAUCACAUUUGUAUUCUUUGUAUUCUUCGUAUUGCUGAACAUGUUCUUGGCUAUCAUUAAUGACACAUACUCUGAAGUGAAAGCUGACUUCUCCGUUAACCCAGGCAGAGAAUUUGGGAUUAGUGACCUUAUUAAACAGAGUUGCAAUAAAGCUCUAGUCAAACUCAAACUGAGGAAUGCAUCGCAGACCGAAGACAUGCCAAGAAAAGUACAGUCAGCCUCCAGAGGAGAUGGAACCGACCAGUUCUCCAGUGUGACUCCUUUGGAUAAGGCUUUCCAGAUGUACAGCAGACCUACAGAAACAAAUGAAGGACUUGACCACCAAGUUAAAUGUGACUGUGAGAAAUAUUCCAAGUUACAGAGAUUCACCAGACAAACAAUAUUGAGAGUUCUCUCCUUUGAUUCUUGCCCUGAACUCAGAGUGAUGUACCGAUGUCACACCCAAACUAAUGCAAGUGAGAGCAUGCUAUUUUUCAUGCUAGGCAUAUAAUUAGUAUUUUAGUUCUCCCCCUGCCCAGCCAAAAAGUAGGAAUACACUCACUGCCCACCUUGUCAUGUGAUGAGGAAACCAUCACAAUUUUCUGUGCCAUGGAGGAAGUUAAAAGGAAUCCAGUACAGGUCCCUUCUAUUUAGUGCUUACAGGUGACUGAGUAAUUCCAGACAUUCAGUUCCAAGCACAGGCAAUACUCCACUGUCACACAUUUGUUGUGUGGCCUGCAGAUGGAUGCAAGUCUGUUUAUCUUUAAACAUCAUAGCUCACAUCAUCAUAAGCUUUAUUUCAGUCCACAACCAGCAUGUAAACAAAAUACAAGAAUACAGGACAGAAAAUUCAAUCCACAGCCAUGGCUCACAUCCUGCGCAGUGAAACAUGGGCAGCUGAAGCACUGCCUGUGCCACUGUGUCUCUGUAAACAGCAGAAGAAGGCAGUCCCAGUCUAACUUGAAGUUGUGCAAUAUUCCACAACCACACUGGCACACACAACAACAACUUGGGCAGUGCUCCAACUUGUCACUGUAGAGUUUCCUCCAGCUCAUGUCACAUAUAUCACAAUGCCCCCACCACACAUUUUUAACACCUGUAAUUUAUAACCCUGGUUAAACCAAAACAUGGGAAUAGUAGAGCCAGUGAACAAUGAACUGGUGACAGUGAACAGUCACCAAAUAUUCAGUCCAAAAGGAGGAAGUCCAAGGAAAGCAAGGAAGAGCUCCUGUUCUCACUGUGUAACUGUUGAUGAAAUAACUGGACAAGCAGGGGUCACAGAUCACCCUCUAACCACUGGAGGCAUUCCCCCUCAAAGAGCUUUUCUGUCUGCCCCAAAAAGUACCUCCCCCCCUUUAAUUGUUCCUCAAGCUUUCCCUCUUGCCUGUAUUCCUGUGGGCAAUAGAAAUAAAGCCAACAGGAUGACAUCACAUUUCAAUUGAUAUAUCUUCCUUCCCAAGCACCCUCUGCAUAAAUUGUCACAAUUUGCUUCCCUCUCUCCUCAUAUGCUGUUGAGCAUUAUUCAGGAAAACAGUCAUUCAUAAACUUAAGGCUAAAUGACAUAUUAUAUUAAGCCUAUCGUUAAUCGAUAGUGGCUUAAAACCAGGCAUAGACAGGAUAUACGCUCUCUCUCUCUCUCUCUCUAAUGGCCACAAAAACCCCAAUGUGGAUCGAGACUAUGGUGCAUGGGGAGGGAGAUAAACACUUUCCUUCUGCUUUUUUAUACUGAAAAUCUCUUCUGAACUGGCUCUUUGCAGCAAACAAUUUCAGGGAGAUUUUGAGGAGGAAAAAGUACAGGGGGAAAUGUUAACCUCCUUCCCACGUGCUGCAGUCUCAGUUCAGAUUGGGCCUCCUGUGAUGACUAUUUUAAUAAUAUAAAAGGAACAGCUCCUGUUUGCGUCUGGUUUUAAGCCCAUCUAUUAAUGAUGGGCUUAAUGUUUUGUGUAAUUUGACCUUUUAGAGCAGGGAUAUCAUAGUUUCCCAGCAACCAAACUGGCUGACUCAGGAUGCUUAGUUGUUUUAGGGUCCAUUCCAGUAUCUCCACCAUAACUUUCUGUUCUGUGUUCUCAUCAGUAUAUAAAGGAACCAUCUAUCUUGAGGGUCACUUUAUGUUUUACAAAACGCGUGUAUUUAAAUGGCAGUGGGGAUUUCCUUCACUGCAGGUCCAUUGAUUGGGGAAGCUGUGCACACAUUGGUUUCUUUAUCUGCAAUAUAUGAGAAACUCUGUCAGCUUUAAAAUACACUAGAGAUUAGGGUUGUUUACAGAACAGAGAACCUGCUCCAAUUGUGAUCUA